AUGGCUCCUGGGUAUAAUCUCUGGCAUUAUUGUUCUGUAUCCCAAGUUCUGGCGGAUCGUCAACAGCGGGGCCUUAAGUUUUUGGAGGUGGAGGUACUUCGAAUCCUUACUGAUGUCUGCGAGGCGGUCUCGCGUCUCCACCACUGCGAAACUCCGAUUAUCCAUCGCGAUCUCAAGAUUGAGAAUCUACUCAUUGACAGUCGAAGAAAUGUUGUCCUCUGUGACUUUGGCAGUGCUACCUCACGAAUCCUUCAUCCUUCAAAGCACGGAACCCUUCGUUGUCAAGAAGAGAUUGAAAAGAGUCAAGAAGCCUCGUAUAGGCCUGGUCUCUGCUUCUGCAAAAUAAGACUUGAUGAAGCACUUGGUGCCUUCGUUGCACCACACUUUAAUAAUCGUCUUCAGUGGUCUCUAGCUCUGGACAGUUAUAAGGUGUACAGUUACGGACAGAACCUGAUUGUGCAUGAGCAGAGGCGUUGGUGCGCUGUUAGCAGAAUUAAUGUGGUUAGAAUGUCGUGUUGCGUCCCCUGUCCCUGGGAAGGAGAUGCCGGUGUAUAUGUGGGGUCCACUGUAUCUCCACCAUGA